AUGGACUUGUCCCAUCUAACAAGGCCUGGUAUCCUCUGCCAGUGCUCCCGGUGCUCUAGUUCGCUAGCCGCACUGGAGAACGAAUGGGCUAAACUUUCUAAUGCCUACUCGAUCCCUACAGCAUGGCUCAGUGUUGACCUCCACCGUAUCUCCGUGUCCUCGGAGCGGAAGCAAAUUCCAAACACAUCGGACAUGACUCUUCUGCGCGGGCGCGUCAUCCAAGAAGUGUCUUGCAAGUUAUGCCAACAAAGGAUGGGGGUUCUGUGUCCCCUGGACAAUGGGAUGAAUAUCUUAUGGAAGAUGUCCAAAGUCGCUUUCAGGGAAAUUGUCACCAUGCGAACCGUGCAACCCUUGUUCAAACAGGGGGUCCUCGAACGAUUGAUAUGCCCACCGAAAGAACCUCUUCGCCGAAAUUCUGACUCUUUCCAAGACAACGCUAUGGUCCCAGCCGGCGAUACCGAUACUAAGUCUCUCGAUCCCUCAGUGACAAAACAAAUGCUACACCAAGGUAGAAGCAUCGACCAAAUCUCAAAUUCGGUGAAUCACCUUCAAGAUACAAUGUCGGAUCUCAAACACUCUUUUACGGCACUUCGAAUUGAGCUGAAUGGCCCCAGCAGGAACAUGGGGGAGGGAUCCCGGCUUCAGGGCCACGAUUUCGAUAUGAUCGCGACUGUGCUCAAGGAGCUCAAGUCGAAAUCAGAGGAGAUUGAGAAACUGAAGUUGGAGAUUGAAGCUUUGAAGUUGAAGAACCGAUAUAUGGGGGUGGCCCCUUCACAGCAGCAGGAUUCCCUGUCGGUCAUAAACAUGAAUGCUGCGCUUCCAGAGGUUCGAAGCCCUGGCUUGCUCCAGGCAGGUCGCAAGCGCACCUGGCCCGACGCAUUCCCUAUUGAUCGUCAGCAAUCAAUCGCUGAUUCAUUUGAUGAGGAUGACAUGGUGGACGAAUUUGCAUUAUCUGACCCUGCAAUUCAUCCGGCUCGUAUUCCACUCAAUGACCGGAGCUCACAGCCCAUCACCAACGGCUACGCCCCAGAACAUCAGGUGGGGCCGGGGCUUCAGGUUGAAAUUUCUGGGAUGCCUCCGAACUACCUGAACACACUUCCGACUCAGUCUCAGUCUGUCUCACAGUCCAUACCCAAACGUCCGCGCUUGAAUCAAGAUUCCGAGAACGGUACACAAGCUGUGGUACCUGCACCUGCACCUGCACCUGCACAGCGAAGACCUGGCAGACCGCGAAAAUCGAUCAGCCAGCCAAACAACCCCAACACCACCCAAUCACCAAAUACCGCACCAUCUAGCACACAGGAUGAUGCUGAAUGGAACCCCCCGACUGGUACAUUGAGACGUCGCCAAUCUCGUCGCAGUCUUCAUGAACAAUCUUUGGUUCCGACUCCCAAGGAUCAAAUUGGAUCUGAGGACACACAACAAUCGCAGGAUCCAACAAAUAACCUCGAACCCCAGCCAGCGCCCAACAAGAAGAGCAAGCGCAACACUGGGUCUCCGAACGGAACUCGUACUGGCGGCCCGGAUAACAGUACGGAUGAGGCUGGCAUGGAAGAGAAGCGAAAAGCCAAAGUCGCGGCGCGGGACGUCAUGGCUAAAAUGGCACUACAACAUGAAGAGGCCCUGGAAUCCGGGAACCAACAAUAG